AUGAACACAAGUUUAGCCCACUCCGACAGCAGCCAUUCACUCGUCAUGUCGCGGCCUCAGGUGGGCAUUGAACGGCUGCCAACACGCCGGAUGAGUAACGAGCCACGAGAGUCAAUGAACUGUAAAUCAUGUCGGAAACGGAAGAUUAAGUGUAAUCGGUUACGGCCGUCUUGUGAAGCAUGCGAAGUCUUCCAAUGCCCGUGUAUAUACGAUGCCGUCCCUAAGAAACGUGGGCCGAAGACGGACGUGCUUGAGGCUCUUUUAAAACGGGUAGAUGGCCUAGAAGCACAGCUCAAGGAUCAGAAGAAAACGCUGGGCAGUUCACCAACUGCGGAAGAGCCAACAUGUACGAAAAAGGAGGCAUUGGAGAUUAGCACGGAGGCGCCUGCUUCAGACUCAAUACCACCAGCCCGUACAGCGACAUCUGAACCUAGGCCAAAACGUGCAGCUCUUGACACAUCUCGAAUAUCGGAUUCUGGGUCAGACACCGCCCUAUACUCCCCUGCUAUGACUGACACAUCAGCUCCUGCGAUUCCCUCUGACGCUCUUCUUGACACAUACUUCACACGCUUCCAUGCUAGACCUUACCAUAUACUAGACGAAGCAUCUGUUCGAUACCGGCUGCGGGCCAAUGUAUUACCACCGUACCUGAUUCAUGCCAUAUACGCUGUUGCUGCGAGGUAUACACCGUAUCCUACCGGAUAUCAAUCUUCCGUGAAGUUAAGCGAAGGCUUUGCUUCUAUGUCUAGAAAGGAGAUUGACAUUGACGAACCGCUUAUCGACACUCUACAAGCGCUUCUCCUUCUGGUAAUAGCGUACAUCGCAGCGGGAAAGGGGAAAAAGGCCUAUAUGCUCAUGACAAAUGCAAUUGGCAUGGCCAUGGCCCUCGAAUUCCACCGAGAAGCAGAUCCAAACGCCCCUAUAGCACCGCUAGAACGUGAGAUGAGGAGGCGCUUGUUCUGGUCGUGCUACUUACUAGACAGGUUCAUGGCCUGUGGUUCAAAGCGACCGUGUCUUAUUGGGGAUAAAACAAUCUUUCUCCGGCUUCCAUGUUGGUUUCCAACGCCCGGCGGUCUCCCCGUUGAAGGCGAAUUCUUUCAGAGCGGUUCAACUAUUCACUCUUUGCAAGGAGGCGGCAGGAAAUUUCAAGGAGGCAGCGCAAUGCUUAUUGAUAUUAGCCGCGUAUUGGGCGUGACGAACCGUUACCUUGCAGCUGGGGGUGUCAAGGGCGAUUCCCAUUUCCCAUGGCACACGCUAUCAAGCCUUUCCAAAAUAAGACAAGAACUCGAUAUCUGGGCGUCUGGUACGGAAGAUGUCUUCUCAAGCCUGGACACAUUACUUGGGCACCCAGAGUGCACUGUCUUGGUGCUCAGCAAGCUCGUUUACCACUUGAUCUAUUGUUUGAUUUAUCGGCCAUUUCUGCCUAUCGACCUCGCAGAACUUUCUGUAACAGGCCAGCACCAGUCAUGGCAGAUCGAGGCCACAAACAUGUGUUUUCUCCAUGCUAACGCCAUAACUGAACUGGUGGAAUUGGGGAAACAGACGGGGACUACCGAAUGGCCCGCUUUCGUUGGCUACUGCCUCUGCACUGCUGGCACGGUCCAUAUCCACGGAGCACAGUAUAAUAGGGCGGGAGCAAGAGGAGGUGACAUGGGAACUUUCGCGGCAUCCGCGGACUUUCUUUCGCGUGAGAUGCAACAACUAAGCGAGCUUCGUUAUGCGUGGGCGAGCGUGCAACAUCAACGAGAAGUUUUGCAGAACGUCUAUAAUGCCCAUGCCGAACUCGUCAAGAGGCUAGCGAGCAACUCAAUGCGCUACUCUCCUGCGUUUAAUCUCGAGGAUUUCUUCAGUCGCUACGCAAAUGUCACCGGUCCUGGAGGCAAGUCUUAUGAUUUUGAUGGAGCUAACCUAAGCCUUACAGAGGUAGUGGUCGACUUCACUACGGACACAUACACGGGCCAUGACUUAUAUGCUUCCCGAGAUAAUAGUGAACCCGACCGACCGAACCUUAAGCGGAAAUUUACGGGCUCCAGUCGACCGGAACCUGGCAAUCUGGCAUCGAUAAAUGCCAGUACGAACAACCCUACAUCUAUCGGUCCACCGGUACCCAGCAUCUCUUCCCGUCGAUUCUCGAUCGCUCCCAGACCCCCAAAUUCACAUGUGGUAAGCGUCGCUGCCUCGUUACAUCCACAUCCAGAAGGACAGGCAGUGAGUCAAGCAAGAGAUUCGGUCGCAGGUAUAUCAACGAACGUUGUACCGGCAACACCAACGUUCCCAGUACAACAGUCAUACCAUCAGAUGCCAGGCUACAUGGGCAACACCGUCCCUAGCCCACGCAAUUCUAUCGCUCCGACGCAGAAUACAGAUAGCAGUAGCAAUGGAACUGGGCCCAGCAACUAUGACCCCAUGUUCGGUAUAGUUCCUACGAAUACCUUCCCCUCUCCUGCUCCCUGGCAGGCCGAUGACGACAACGGAGACGUCGCCGCCACUCCAGGCAGCAAGAGUCACGAUGGCAGCACGGCGGUAGGGGCCGCGGACGAGAAAGACCCAUUCCUUAGCCUCCUUGAACAACUUGCCGAAAACGAAAACGUUACGGGGCAAGGCAAUGAGCUGGAUUUCUUUCUCACUGCACCUCAAGCCUAGACAGCAGACAGGCGUCACUGAGUAUGGUCAAUGCCAGCACUUAUCCCUUCAAUUAAGGCUUAAAGUUUCACGAAAAAAAAGUGAUGAUACGAAUGUAUAUUAUUAGUGAGCGGGCAUUAGCGGGCGAGUCAUUGCUAUUUUGGAACAUAGGCCGGCUUUUGCCCACUUUCCACUAGCACUUGGGGCAUCAUUCAGCAUUUUGGGAAUAACUCAGGGGCUAUAAAAUCUUGGGCGGCUAUCGUUUCGGGGUCAAGCAUCAAAUAUAUAUAAUGCCGGCCUGUGACCACAAGAUUACUUGUAGAUAGUAGAGUAUUGCGACCUUGUGAAGCAAUGCGUCCAACGCUAUUGAAGCGAAUGCUACAUAAACAUGCGCAGAUCACUCUCCUCACAGCGCCUACCC